AUAUGGCCUGCAAGUUCGAGCUCAUCCACAUUUAAUUUCCUUUGAUUGGAUCAAGAAUUAUCCAACAAAUACAAAGAAUUCCGAGUCCCAGCAAGUAUCCCAGAGGAGACUAUCCCCAGAUCGCGACGCACAAACCAACCGGGGACCACUACGAUCGAGACGAUGGAAUAUUCGUUGACUCGAGAUUGGACUUCGAGUUCAGAAGGUUUCUUCAAUGACCAACUGGCGUUCACGAUUUCAUAAUCAUGGGCGAUCUACAAUCCUGGCCGACGGAGACCAGCGUCGGUCUUCAAACCUUUGGGGGCGCUCGCUUGAGAUUCAUCGCUGGAGAUCCCACUCGUAGUUCUCGUCUCGAAUUCGAAUUUGCUCGAACUUUGCAUGAUGUCGUUGUUCGACGGAUCCUACCUCCAGUACGAUUCUAUGGACCACCAAUCAAGCCAAAUGUCGUCCAGCUGCCUCCCAAACCAUAUCAGUUACUACAAACUAAUAAUCGGUAUCUACGGGCUCAACACCCUCAGGUUGAUUUACCCAAAUCACUGCUGCUGGCACACAUUCUGGAAGAUCAAGAGUUGCCUGAACAAACCGAACCCCUGAUAUCCUCCAUGCUCAGCGGGCUGACGAUUGACGAGCAACACGAUCUGAUCGUCUCCGUUGGUGGAACUCUGGGUAACGAGCUAUACUGCAUGUUCCUCGAAAACGAUCAAUCUGGUCUACCAAAGCUGCACACAAAUCGCAAACCGGCAGCCAUCCUACGUACUCCUGUUCAGCAACUCAUCAGUGGACCCUCUUUGAAUAAGGAUGGAAAUGCCGUGUUUCUUGCACGCACACACGACGCAACCACUCUUUUCACAUAUUCCCAUCAUGGUACCAGAGAAGAACCCACUCAAACUCGCACAACAUCUCCAGCUUUUGAAUUCGAUAUGAGCUAUCAACUCAAAACCUCCGACACUGCUCACGAAAGUCACGUCGAUUCUUGUGUCGCCCAUACCAUCAAUGAUACCCUACAUCAAUUCGUCGUCCUCAACUCCAAGGGACAGCUAUGGAAGGUCUCAGGUAUUGGCGGUAACAGUUCGCUGAAGCGGAUCGGUCUAAUGACCUAUUCGGAGCCCAAAUACAUCACUUGGGCUCGCUGUGGCAUCUAUCCUACAAACGAUUGUUUGGUGGUUGGCCUUCGAGAUUCUGUCGGAAUGGUUGACCCCAGGUUAAACGGCGAAUGCAGUAAUCUGUAUACCGUCUCAGACGCUCAACGCAUGACGGAUAUCCAAAGAUAUAUUAACAACCGGACUCCGCAUCUCAGGUUGAUCAAUACGACUUCGUCGAUGAUUUGGAUCGAUGAUCGCAAACCGGGCGUUCCGAUGUUGACAAUCAAGCACUUUCGAUCACCCGAUCUGACGCUAAGCAUGAGUUUUUCCGCCGAGCCAGAGUGGUCUCCCCACCCGUCAUAUUCUCUCUCAACCGCGGCAGAGCGUUUCGAUAAAGUUCUUCUCUGGUCUCGCACCAAUGACGUUGCAAGCCUACAUCAAUUCAAAUCUCAUCCAGCUAUCCCCCCAGCCGUGUUGGGCUAUCCAGCUGCCGUCCCGGUCACGUCAAGCCAUCCCCUCGAUCGGCGGACGGGCUUGGUGUUCUUCCGUCGUAAGACAGUCGAUAAUCACCUCGAAAAGUUUUGUCUGGUCGAAAUGAAACGUGAUGGAUCGCUGUGGCAUCAGCAACUUGGGCUCUCUAGCUCCGCAGAUAUCAACCCACCGUCGACCAAUACUCAUCUGGUGGAACGUUUUGCAAACUAUCCGGCGGACGUAGGUGCAACAGGAAUCUCCUUAGGGAAAUCAAAUUCUGAAGGAAAUGAUGGGUUUAUCGAUAUUCCAAAAUCUACCUUGAAGCUCGACAAGAUUUGGAAAGAUUUCACAAAAUCUUGUCUUUCGGAAGCCUCCUCGAAAGACGAUCUUGUCCCCAUUGCCGUACCUUGUAUCGACUUCAUGGAUCCGCUAGGUUUCUGCAUGCUCCCAAGACCUUACGAAGUUUCGAUUGCGACCAACCAAGAAAUCACCAAUGGAAUACCAGGUUCGAUGGUCGAUAUUAUGCCUGUCCUUCGAAGCUUGCUACCAGCUUCAGCCAACCUCCUCCCCGAAGCUAACACGUCGAUGGACGAAGACGAACCGCGCUUACAGACUUAUCUUAAGCAAUGGGUCGGAGAAAUAUUGACGACGGCUAUCAAGCUUUCCAGCAAGACUCCAGCGCCGAUUGGCCAGUCCGGGGAAGAAGAUGAUCGAGGAUCCGACUGUGGAUCGAUCGUCGACGAGCCUAUUACCUCACUUGCGGUCGAUCGGCUGAUGGAAGAAUGGAAGAUUGGAGCCUCGACAAGUGAGUAUCAAUGGGUUGACAUUUGUGAGCCGACGAACGAGGACUUGGCCGGGCUAUCUGGGGCGGAGUCGGACCAUCCAUCCUGCCCUAGUCCCUCGACGAGGUCGCGCUCUCAGUCAAGGUUCAAUGGGAUCGAGCCCGUUCAAGAGGUCCGAAGUAGCAGAGAAGCCACGACGGAUAUUGUCCAGAUUGUCUCGAAAGCACUUGACAAGUCUUCGACCAACACCGAGAUGGAGGUCAUGAUCACUCCGAAGGCCCAUCCGCGGAAAUCCAAGCCGAUCCAUUAUAGUCAUGCCACCCCGGGCUUCCCUCACCCCUCAUCUAGUCUGCCCAACCCUCAUCCGUCUAAUUUCCUCCUCAGCUCAAGCAGUCAGCCCGAUCCUUUCGGCCCCAACUCUCUCUCCCCUCCGCCCUCCACCCCUAGACUCACUCAGGCUUAUUCCCAACUCGUCCCCGGCCCUCAUGCCGCUCGCUCGACUUCAACCGCAAACCAUUCGAGGAAAAAGAAACGCGUCGGUGGGUUUUAGGCCUUUCCUCUCCGCAGGUCCUUCCCCGUUAUUCUUCCUGUUGGCUCCUUUCGACGGGCUGCCCGCCUUUCUUCUUCUGCAAAUCAAUCAAUCACUCCUUGAACCACAUU